ACGGCGUCCCAGACAGAUUCGCCUUCUCCGCAAGGCGUGCUGUUGUUGUGUGACAAAACAACACCAUUAUAAGGCGUUGGAAUAGUUUGGUGAGCGUUACUGAAGCUUCUCUGUUUCUGCGUCUCGAAGGAGUGAGGGGGUAAAACAACAAAACAGAUCACUCAUCAAAUAUCCUACACCCAGUUCCACCAUGAAUAUCCAGUCAGCUAUCAACAGGGAGGUGUUUGCUCCCCGGGAUGAGAGGAUGCUAGUGGCUGUGGAGGUGAAGAGGAGAAAAAGGAAAAGGGUCCCCUUUCUGCCCACUGGAGGCAAGGGAGAAUACAUGACAUACAUCUGUUUGUCAGUGACCAAUAAGAAGCCAGCUCAGCUCCUCAUCACCAAAGUCAAGCGGUUUGGAGGCUCCGCCCCCUUCACCAGAAGGUCACAGUGGGCCGUGGAGCAGCUCCGCCAGGUCAACGGCAUCAACCCCAACAAGGACUGCCCAGAGUUUGACCUGGUGUUCGACAACGCCUUUGACCAAUGGGUGGCCAGCUCAGCGCCAGAGAAGUGCAUCUUCAUCCAGAUCAUGUACCACGCCUGUCAGACCUAUUGGGAAGGCAAGGAGGGCGUCCCUGGUAGCCCAGCUGGGGACCAGCAGAAGGCCCCAGGGGGCCAGAGUAGCCCAGGGGCCCAAGGGGGCCAGAUGGGAGGACCAGGGCCCCAGGCUAGACGGAAGAGCACCGUGGGUCCCAGGCCCCGUCAUACUGAGUUUGUCAACUGUCAGUCCAAACUCACGGGAGAUGCCUGCAAAAUGAAUCUGGUCGUGUACCGUUGCAAGGUCUUUUUCAACCGCAUGAAGAAGGUGAUCGUUUCAAACCAAAGCCGUUCUCAGGCUGGAGCAGGUCCUAGAGCAGGUCCCAGUGGGCAGCGCCCUCCAGGGGGCAGUAUGGGUAGUGUAGUCCAGAGGGCCAGCCAGGCCCUGCAGGAGCGUGGGGAGAGACUGGGCCGGGCCGAGGACAAGACGGUAGACCUAAUGCACAAAGCCCAGCAGUUUGCAGACACUGCUCACAAGCUGGCUCUGAAGCAUUCAAACUAGAGGCAUAUCUUCCUGUGGAACCGCUCCUGGAGUCGUUGGCCCUAAUUUACUUGUUCAUUCUAUGUAAUAACAUUUAUACUCAUCUUGGACUGAGUUGAAACUAAUGGACUAAUGUUUGGACUGAGUUGAAACCCAGUGGUCACACUGCAAUUCCUCUGUGAAGAAUCCUGUCUAGUACUGGGUUAUUGCGCUUGCUAUUAGGACUUAGACUGUGGACAAGCAACUGUCACUUGUCAGAAGGACAUUAAAAUGUUUACAGAUGGGCAGUGGGGAGGACGGCCCAGUUAUGGACCCCCAGCAUUAAAGAAUGACCUUUCACCUCUAGAACGGGUCCUGUGGAUUACAUGGUGUCCUUUCAUGGGAUAGAUGGCUGGUAUACUGGAUGGCAAUGUAAUGUCACAAUGCUCCCACUGUUUGAGUGUACAUGUCUUCCCUGCUUCAGUAGCCUCUUCUCUCAUAACGAGGAUUUUAGAUUUUAUUGAUGAACUUUUGUUUUGUGCGGUUUUAGAUAUGUUAAUAUGGAUUCAUGAAUUCACACAGUGAACGGCUGACAAGUGAAGUUGAACCUACGUGUCUCCACCAUGAAUAUAUUAUUUCAGUGGUGUUUUAUUUUUUGCUCAUUGCAUAAAUCAUUGAUCAUUUAUGACUGAAUAGGCACACACACAGAGCAGCUUGUGAAUAUUGGCACGAACCGAUGCAACUCGGAUUGCAAAUUAAUUCCUGUUAUUUUUCUCUCUGCAUUGUUGGGAAGGGCCCAUAAGUAAGCAUUUCACUGUUAGUCUACACCUGUUUACGAAGUAUGUGACAAACCCAUUUUGUAGAUGUAUUAUUUUUUUAUUUUUUUUACAAAUUGCACAUUCAUUGACUGUUUGAAUGGCAUUGAAUGCAUAAGUGUGGCUCUUUAAAGGUUAUUGCCUUCAUGGUUGUCAGAGCAGGUGCAGGGGAACAAGGAACACCUGGUGAAAUCAUUUUUUUUUCUUUGCAUGAUUGUGUAAUAGUCUUGAUUUCUUUGCUCUUUCUGAAGUGGAAUAUGCACUCAUUUGCUUUCACUGUUUUUCCAUGCUCAAUUCCUCCAGUGCCCUUUCCCUGCUUGUAUCAAAACCAUUUAGUCACCAAUCACUGUUCCAAAUUCAAGUUAAUAUGUUCCUAUUUGAUUCUUGUCUUUGUCUAAUCGUGUUUUGAUUAAUUGAUCCCCUGAAUUGUCCCUGUCUUGUCUGUUUUUGUCUCUUGUGCCAUAUCUACAUGUAUGCAUGUCCUUCAAAUGCAGGUUCCAUGUGAAAAAAGUUGAGUGUAGCAGUUGGAAUGGUGGAUUCAUGUAUGUAGACCAGGGGUCUUCUAGGUGAAGUCAUAAGGAAGGUAUUUAAUGUUGGCAUGUGACGGUAAUCGCGUCCACCCAGCCGGCUCUAUGCAGUAGCAAAUUGAUCCUGGGGACGACGUUGGGUUGAAGAAGUUUCUGAUUUAACACUGUAUAGAUGAUACCGGGGAGUUGGAUAGUGAUGAGGAGACUGGUAGAGAUGAGAUGGUUAGUGAUGAGGGUUGGUUAGAAUGAAGGUGUAUUUGCUGAAGGUCUAGCUCAAUGCUAUUUUGAUGCCCAGUGAUAAUGUUUUUUUUUAUUCUACACAGUACAGACAGUUUUGGGAUGGAGUUUUCCUUAACUCUUAUCUUUCGGUAUUUUUUUCAUUAGUCCAUUGACAUAGUUUCAAUGCUUGUCAGCAAUCAAGUUUUCAAGAUAUGUAACUUUCAAAAUGCAGAAAUCAUCCCUGAAUGAUGCUUUUUGUGUCAUAAGAUGCAGCAACAUGAUACAGGAAUCAUCCCCAUAUGAUGCAUUUUGAAAGUUACAUAUCUUGAACUUGAUUGCUGACAAGCAAAACAUUUUGACUGUCAAUGAUGGACCAAUGAAACACAGACAAUUUUGGGGUGGAGUUUUCCUUUAAUUGAUAUGCUUUAGCAGCUGGGGCAGUGUGUCCCUCCUUUAUGCUGAACGUCUCAUAGAAAGUGAGAGCGUAGUCUUACCUCUGCCUUCAGAGUACUCAUAUUAGAAUGAAGCUUGUUCUGUGGCACCGAACUGUCAGGAGUGGAAUCCAAAGAGGGCGCUUGUCCUGACUGCAUGUUUUCUGUUGCUAUAUUACUGCUGUGGCAAAAGAUGGGUUAGAAUCUACAUUCAUUGCCCAAGAAGAGUGCCUCACUACCUUUUAAAAAAAAAAAAAUGUAUAGCCUGAUCGUGGAGUAAAACCCUGUACUGACAUCUGUUUUAUUGUUCCUAGAAAUGCAGAGUAUUUAACAUUGCCUUAUACUUAUACUACAGAGCUUCAAGUACUGUUCUAAGUGUAAAUGAGAUUUCUUGUACUGCCUUUUAAUGAAGAAGAGCAAUGACCUUAACACUCCUUUUUGACCCAAUAAAUGAAAUUGGACCAA